ACGGGUUCGCUUUCCUCCGCCGCGCAAGCUUUACUCUUCGACUCUGAGGAGAAUGCAUUGAAGUCUCGCAUGCAGUCUGAGAGUCUCUGACUCAACGUGAAAAGGAACGGCGGCUCUGCGCAUUAAUGCGUGUGUGCGCGAGCGCGUACGCGUACGCGUGCUCUCCCGUGACCGAUGGCACUGGAAUCCGUGCGCAACAGCUAUGUGCGCACUUGUGUCACUCCCGCGGAGCAGGACUGCUGGCACUCGCGCUUGGCUCUCGUGUGGAGCCGUAGGAGCCUCUCAUCGGCCGCGUGCGUCGCCUCGCUGUCCGUGCUGCUCGCGCUGCUCGCCGCGGACUGGGACGCGGAGCGCGCGUGUCACUUAGUGACGCUCGCAGAACUCGUGUGGCAGCUGCUCUCCCCCGUCUUCACGCUCGUGUGUGCCUUCUUCUGGGUGGGCGUGUAUCUGCUCCGCUGCGGGGUGCUCAUCCGCACCGCUGUGUUCCUGCUCACCGUGUGCCAUCUGGGCGAAGCGGCGGCGCAGUCGCUUUUGGAUGCGCAGCAGCUGUACUCGUUCACCGCCACCGCGCUGGUGCUGCUCGCCUGCCUGGCCAGCGGGGCGCUCAUGGUGGUGCGUCUGGGUCAGGGCAUCUCCGUGCUCCUCUUCAUCAGCAUCAUCAGGACCGUAUCGCUGCUGUCUCUGCAGAAGGUGCGCGCCAGCUGGAGACCCUACCUGGCGUACCUGCUCGGGGUGCUGGGGGUCCUGCUGGCGAGGUAUGCGGACAGGCUGCUGCCGCCGGAGCAGGGUGCAUCACACCGGGAGGGAUCGAGGGGAGAUAUUCCGGUAUAUAAGAGGCGCAGGAGGUCCAGCUCCGUAGUCUCGUCAGACAUGGCACAGCACGGCCAGCCCAGGAGCAAACCUCACAGGAGGACGUCGCUGCCCUGCUUGCAGAGAGACCAGAUGCUCCCACAGCAAGAAUGGGACCACAAAAGAGGAGCCCGAGGAUCUCAGCCAUCUGGCCUAAUGCAAUCUUCGGGCACCAGCGUGACGGUGGACAUCGCGGUGAUGGGCGAGGCCCACGGACUGAUCUCAGAUCUGCUGGCUGACCCCUCCCUCCCGCCGAACACCUGCAGCACCCUGCGGGCCGUCAGUAACCUGCUCAGCACCCAGUUCACCUUCCAGCCGCUGCACCACCGGCCGCGCCUGAGCCCCCUGCUGGCCUUCAGCGACGGACACGCCUGCUCCGACUCGGAGGAGGUGCCGGAGAAAGGAGAGAGGCUGGCCAUCCCGAAGCGUUUGAGGCGGAGUUUGCCUCCGGGGCUUUUGAGACGCAUUUCUUCCACGUGGACCACCACCACCUCAGCCACGGGUCUGCCCACCCUCGAACCCGGGCCGGUCAGACGGGACCGCAGUGCCAGCAUCAAAGCACCUCAAGAUGGCCCUUCCAGCAGUUUGGUGAACAGUGAUUCAUGGAACAACUCCCUUUCAAAGAGCAGAUCUGUGUCCGCUUCAUACGCUGCCUCCUCCACCACCAACCACAUCUAUAGCAAGAGCCGAAGAGCAGGUUGCCCUUCUUCCAACAUCUCACCUCUGGCUUCACCCUGCCACUCUCCUCCAGUCCAGGGCACUCCGCUCACCAGCCCCACCAACAAAAGCCCUUCGGUGGAGCUGCCGGACCCUGAGCUUCCUCUGCCACGGAGCCCACACAAAGCCUUAACCCACAGUCAGAGCGCCCCCAGCUCCAGCACCUCACAAUGGGUGCCGCCUUCACUUUGUAGCAGCUGUGGAAGACCGUACAGUAAACUGAGACACGGGGACGGAUCCAUAGACGCAGGAUACCGAACACAACAGUCAGACGAGCCGCUGAUAAUGUCGUCAGACUAUGAGACCAACCACAGUGACAGCAACAACUUUGCACAGAACGAGGAGGACAGAGAGGGUCACAGGAUGACCUCUCUCAUCCCACCGGAGGAUAAGCCCAUCUGGGCCCCGGAGCCGCUGGUGAUGGAGGGCCUGGAGCCCCUCAUGAGUCAGAUCAACAACUGGAACUUCCCCAUCUUCAGUCUGGUGGAGAAAACCAACGGCAGAUGCGGCUGCAUCCUCAGCCAGGUGUCUUACCGGUUGUUUGUGGAUACGGGACUCUUCGAGACGUUCAAGAUUCCGGUGAGGGAGUUCAUGAACUACUUCCACGCUCUGGAGAACGGAUACAGGGACAUCCCAUAUCACAACAGGAUUCAUGCCACAGACGUCCUGCAUGCGGUGUGGUACCUCACGAGUCAGCCUGUGCCUGGUUUACCUUCACUCACAUCCCUGAGUGACUCGGACUCUGACGGUGGACUCGCUCUCGGCCGCACAAGCUACCUGAUGUCCAGGACGUAUCCUGCAGAGGACGAGGGUUACGGCUCCCUGUCCGGCCUCAUCCCCGCUCUGGAGCUGAUGGCGCUCUACGUAGCAGCCGCCAUGCAUGACUACGACCAUCCCGGCAGGACCAACGCGUUCCUGGUGGCCACCAGCGCUCCUCAGGCUGUUCUUUAUAAUGACCGCUCGGUGCUGGAGAACCAUCACGCAGCGUCCGCCUGGAAUCUGUUCAUGUCACGGCCCGAGUACAACUUUCUGGCCAGUCUGGACCACAUGGACUUCAAACGCUUUCGCUUCCUGGUCAUCGAGGCCAUCCUGGCCACCGACCUCAAGAAACACUUCGACUUUCUGGCUGAAUUCAACGCCAAGGUGGGAGAUGAUGGAUGCUCGGGCAUUGAUUGGACGAACGAGAAUGAUCGUCUGCUGGUCUGUCAGAUGUGUAUUAAGUUAGCGGACAUAAACGGUCCGCUGAAAAGCAAGGAGCUUCAUUUGCAGUGGACCGAAGGCAUCGUCAAUGAGUUUUAUGAACAGGGAGAUGAAGAGUCCAGUUUGGGCCUUCCCAUCAGCCCCUUCAUGGACCGCUCAGCACCGCAGCUGGCCAAACUGCAGGAGUCCUUCAUCACUCACAUCGUGGGGCCUCUCUGCAGCUCAUACGAUUCAGCCGCCCUCAUGCCCGGCCACUGGGUCGACCCUCUGCCCAAAGAGGACGAGGAUGCUGAGGAAGAGACGGAUGAAGAGGAGGAGGAAGACACACCGGAGGAAGACACCUCCACCAGCUCCGAACUUUCCCAGAAACCAGCACCCAAGAAACGACGGAAAGUGUUCUGCCAGAUCACCCAGCACCUGCUGGAGAACCACGAAAUGUGGAAGAAGGUCAUCGCUGAAGAGUCCCAAAGCCAGACAGAAGGGGAGGAGUCCACAUGUCUCACUAGCACCCCUGAGCCAAUCCUAGCCAUCGAUGAGGAGGAGGAGGAGCCAGGGAGCAAAGAGGAGCCUGCAGACGACCAGGAGGAGGAGGAGGAGAGUCCUGUACCUGACGAGACACAUGAAACAGAGGAAACAGAUGGCGAGACUUUAGAGGAAGCGGACGAGACUGUAGAAGACGACGCAGAUUUUAUUGGAAAACGAGAGGAAGACGAGAAAGAGGAUCCGGAAUGAAUGACGUCGUCUUAAAAUGUUUUGUCAGCAAGGGAGACUUCUAAGAAAUGGUUGCCAGCACAUCACUUAGACACAACACUGUAGAUGCUUGGGGAACAUGUGCCUAAAGGAAACAGGGUGGGACGGGGUGGUUCGGGAGGAAGGGUUUGACUAACAAUGAGCAGGCGGUGAACUUUUGAGGUUUGAUGCUAAAAUUGACCAGGACAAGGAGUUCUGCAGGGGGUUUCCUAUAUUUUCUAGACUUACGUUGGUCGGUUUUGUAAGUCCUUCUCCAGCUGCACCUUAACCCCCAAAACUACGACAGGGGUCCCAGUGACCUGAAGUUUUGGAGGCUCAACAAGCAUUUCAGAGGAGCUCAGUGUCCAAGUCGGGGAAACGAGAAACCAAUCCACCAUGACUCUCGCCGGUUGGCGUAU